AUGUCUGAUGAAGAAGUGAUAAGACGUCGUUUGCUCGUUGAUGGAGACGGUAUUGGCGAUGACAGACGGAUAAAUAUGUUAUUAAAGUCAUUUAUAAAGUGGGCUAAUAAUCCGGAUGUUGACAACACGCUCCAUGAACGUAUUCUGGCUAGUCUUGCCCAGAGUGAAUUUGCUCAGAAAAAAUCACGUUUUGUAUCGGCUAUGAGUCAAGAUGAGUUGAAAAAUUAUAAAAAAUUAUACGAAGACAUAGGAAUUGAAAUAGAACAGGCCAAAAAGGAUAUUGAAACUACAAAAGCUGAGUUGCAAGAAGCCAAACAGAUACGCAAGAAUCGAAUCGAGUAUGAUGUCCUGGCUAAAGUUAUCAACGAGCAGCCUGAUAGAAGAAAGACUAAUUUGAAAUUGGAGACUUUGAAACAAGAACUUGGAUUUUUAAAGGAAAAAUCUGAGCAGCUGGAACAUAAAUUGGAGAUGCGGAGAAAACAAUUCCACGUAUUAAUGUCAUCAAUUCAUUCGUUAGAAGAGAUGUUAGACGAGUCUGAUGAAGAAAUAAUGGAUGUAAGCCUCGAAAAUUAUGAAGAUAAUGAUGUAGCCAUGCAAGUAUCAUCAUGA